CUAGGCCUUGGACAUCGAUCCUCUAGUGAGGGACAUCAUGAUGAAUCGAGCCUUUUCCAUCAUCAGCCUUCAUUUUGAAGGCUUCGAAACCUCCGACUGGGUUUCCUGGUUCACUGUGAAACUGACUCCUCUCUUGCCCAGCUUGACUGCACAGAUGCUACAGACAACAACAUCAUACGCAGAUUGCAACGCAUACCACGUCAUCGUUGGGGCUCUGAGCAGAAUCUUUGACAAGAUUGAUUCGCCGAGGCAACUCACCCCAGUCCUGGUUCAAUACCUGAAGCAAAGCCAGGCAAACGACUUGAGCUGUGGGUCCAACACCAGCAGCCUCAGCACUUGGCUCGAGCAAAGCUUUGGCAAGUUCUCCAUCUACGUGGAUUACGAAGACCUGCGCCUGCUCAACGAGGGCUUUGUCAGCUUUGAUGCGCUGGACAUUCUGAGCGCUUCUCAGGUGGCUCAACUGACACUGACAUCCGGUGCGCUGAACAACGUAGGCCUGAUCAGCUUGGUCCUUGACCGCCUGGACGGCGUCAACGCUUUCCAGGACAUUGACGGGUUCUUGACAGUUCUCAGCGUGACACCUCAGGCCUUGGACAUCGAUCCUCUAGUGAGGGACAUCAUGAUGAAUCGAGCCUUUUCCAUCAUCAGCCUUCAUUUUGAAGGCUUCGAAACCUCCGACUGGGUUUCCUGGUUCACUGUGAAACUGACUCCUCUCUUGCCCAGCUUGACUGCACAGAUGCUACAGACAACAACAUCAUACGCAGAUUGCAACGCAUACCACGUCAUCGUUGGGGCUCUGAGCAGAAUCUUUGACAAGAUUGAUUCGCCGAGGCAACUCACCCCAGUCCUGGUUCAAUACCUGAAGCAAAGCCAGGCAAACGACUUGAGCUGUGGGUCCAACACCAGCAGCCUCAGCACUUGGCUCGAGCAAAGCUUUGGCAAGUUCUCCAUCUACGUGGAUUACGAAGACCUGCGCCUGCUCAACGAGGGCUUUGUCAGCUUUGAUGCGCUGGACAUUCUGAGCGCUUCUCAGGUGGCUCAACUGACACUGACAUCCGGUGCGCUGAACAACGUAGGCCUGAUCAGCUUGGUCCUUGACCGCCUGGACGGCGUCAACGCUUUCCAGGACAUUGACGGGUUCUUGACAGUUCUCAGCGUGACACCUCAGGCCUUGGACAUCGAUCCUCUAGUGAGGGACAUCAUGAUGAAUCGAGCCUUUUCCAUCAUCAGCCUUCAUUUUGAAGGCUUCGAAACCUCCGACUGGGUUUCCUGGUUCACUGUGAAACUGACUCCUCUCUUGCCCAGCUUGACUGCACAGAUGCUACAGACAACAACAUCAUACGCAGAUUGCAACGCAUACCACGUCAUCGUUGGGGCUCUGAGCAGAAUCUUUGACAAGAUUGAUUCGCCGAGGCAACUCACCCCAGUCCUGGUUCAAUACCUGAAGCAAAGCCAGGCAAACGACUUGAGCUGUGGGUCCAACACCGGCAGCCUCAGCACUUGGCUCGAGCAAAGCUUUGGCAAGUUCUCCAUCUACGUGGAUUACGAAGACCUGCGCCUGCUCAACGAGGGCUUUGUCAGCUUUGAUGCGCUGGACAUUCUGAGCGCUUCUCAGGUGGCUCAACUGACACUGACAUCCGGUGCGCUGAACAACGUAGGCCUGAUCAGCUUGGUCCUUGACCGCCUGGACGGCGUCAACGCUUUCCAGGACAUUGACGGGUUCUUGACAGUUCUCAGCGUGACACCUCAGGCCUUGGACAUCGAUCCUCUAGUGAGGGACAUCAUGAUGAAUCGAGCCUUUUCCAUCAUCAGCCUUCAUUUUGAAGGCUUCGAAACCUCCGACUGGGUUUCCUGGUUCACUGUGAAACUGACUCCUCUCUUGCCCAGCUUGACUGCACAGAUGCUACAGACAACAACAUCAUACGCAGAUUGCAACGCAUACCACGUCAUCGUUGGGGCUCUGAGCAGAAUCUUUGACAAGAUUGAUUCGCCGAGGCAACUCACCCCAGUCCUGGUUCAAUACCUGAAGCAAAGCCAGGCAAACGACUUGAGCUGUGGGUCCAACACCGGCAGCCUCAGCACUUGGCUCGAGCAAAGCUUUGGCAAGUUCUCCAUCUACGUGGAUUACGAAGACCUGCGCCUGCUCAACGAGGGCUUUGUCAGCUUUGAUGCGCUGGACAUUCUGAGCGCUUCUCAGGUGGCUCAACUGACACUGACAUCCGGUGCGCUGAACAACGUAGGCCUGAUCAGCUUGGUCCUUGACCGCCUGGACGGCGUCAACGCUUUCCAGGACAUUGACGGGUUCUUGACAGUUCUCAGCGUGACACCUCAGGCCUUGGACAUCGAUCCUCUAGUGAGGGACAUCAUGAUGAAUCGAGCCUUUUCCAUCAUCAGCCUUCAUUUUGAAGGCUUCGAAACCUCCGACUGGGUUUCCUGGUUCACUGUGAAACUGACUCCUCUCUUGCCCAGCUUGACUGCACAGAUGCUACAGACAACAACAUCAUACGCAGAUUGCAACGCAUACCACGUCAUCGUUGGGGCUCUGAGCAGAAUCUUUGACAAGAUUGAUUCGCCGAGGCAACUCACCCCAGUCCUGGUUCAAUACCUGAAGCAAAGCCAGGCAAACGACUUGAGCUGUGGGUCCAACACCGGCAGCCUCAGCACUUGGCUCGAGCAAAGCUUUGGCAAGUUCUCCAUCUACGUGGAUUACGAAGACCUGCGCCUGCUCAACGAGGGCUUUGUCAGCUUUGAUGCGCUGGACAUUCUGAGCGCUUCUCAGGUGGCUCAACUGACACUGACAUCCGGUGCGCUGAACAACGUAGGCCUGAUCAGCUUGGUCCUUGACCGCCUGGACGGCGUCAACGCUUUCCAGGACAUUGACGGGUUCUUGACAGUUCUCAGCGUGACACCUCAGGCCUUGGACAUCGAUCCUCUAGUGAGGGACAUCAUGAUGAAUCGAGCCUUUUCCAUCAUCAGCCUUCAUUUUGAAGGCUUCGAAACCUCCGACUGGGUUUCCUGGUUCACUGUGAAACUGACUCCUCUCUUGCCCAGCUUGACUGCACAGAUGCUACAGACAACAACAUCAUACGCAGAUUGCAACGCAUACCACGUCAUCGUUGGGGCUCUGAGCAGAAUCUUUGACAAGAUUGAUUCGCCGAGGCAACUCACCCCAGUCCUGGUUCAAUACCUGAAGCAAAGCCAGGCAAACGACUUGAGCUGUGGGUCCAACACCGGCAGCCUCAGCACUUGGCUCGAGCAAAGCUUUGGCAAGUUCUCCAUCUACGUGGAUUACGAAGACCUGCGCCUGCUCAACGAGGGCUUUGUCAGCUUUGAUGCGCUGGACAUUCUGAGCGCUUCUCAGGUGGCUCAACUGACACUGACAUCCGGUGCGCUGAACAACGUAGGCCUGAUCAGCUUGGUCCUUGACCGCCUGGACGGCGUCAACGCUUUCCAGGACAUUGACGGGUUCUUGACAGUUCUCAGCGUGACACCUCAGGCCUUGGACAUCGAUCCUCUAGUGAGGGACAUCAUGAUGAAUCGAGCCUUUUCCAUCAUCAGCCUUCAUUUUGAAGGCUUCGAAACCUCCGACUGGGUUUCCUGGUUCACUGUGAAACUGACUCCUCUCUUGCCCAGCUUGACUGCACAGAUGCUACAGACAACAACAUCAUACGCAGAUUGCAACGCAUACCACGUCAUCGUUGGGGCUCUGAGCAGAAUCUUUGACAAGAUUGAUUCGCCGAGGCAACUCACCCCAGUCCUGGUUCAAUACCUGAAGCAAAGCCAGGCAAACGACUUGAGCUGUGGGUCCAACACCGGCAGCCUCAGCACUUGGCUCGAGCAAAGCUUUGGCAAGUUCUCCAUCUACGUGGAUUACGAAGACCUGCGCCUGCUCAACGAGGGCUUUGUCAGCUUUGAUGCGCUGGACAUUCUGAGCGCUUCUCAGGUGGCUCAACUGACACUGACAUCCGGUGCGCUGAACAACGUAGGCCUGAUCAGCUUGGUCCUUGACCGCCUGGACGGCGUCAACGCUUUCCAGGACAUUGACGGGUUCUUGACAGUUCUCAGCGUGACACCUCAGGCCUUGGACAUCGAUCCUCUAGUGAGGGACAUCAUGAUGAAUCGAGCCUUUUCCAUCAUCAGCCUUCAUUUUGAAGGCUUCGAAACCUCCGACUGGGUUUCCUGGUUCACUGUGAAACUGACUCCUCUCUUGCCCAGCUUGACUGCACAGAUGCUACAGACAACAACAUCAUACGCAGAUUGCAACGCAUACCACGUCAUCGUUGGGGCUCUGAGCAGAAUCUUUGACAAGAUUGAUUCGCCGAGGCAACUCACCCCAGUCCUGGUUCAAUACCUGAAGCAAAGCCAGGCAAACGACUUGAGCUGUGGGUCCAACACCGGCAGCCUCAGCACUUGGCUCGAGCAAAGCUUUGGCAAGUUCUCCAUCUACGUGGAUUACGAAGACCUGCGCCUGCUCAACGAGGGCUUUGUCAGCUUUGAUGCGCUGGACAUUCUGAGCGCUUCUCAGGUGGCUCAACUGACACUGACAUCCGGUGCGCUGAACAACGUAGGCCUGAUCAGCUUGGUCCUUGACCGCCUGGACGGCGUCAACGCUUUCCAGGACAUUGACGGGUUCUUGACAGUUCUCAGCGUGACACCUCAGGCCUUGGACAUCGAUCCUCUAGUGAGGGACAUCAUGAUGAAUCGAGCCUUUUCCAUCAUCAGCCUUCAUUUUGAAGGCUUCGAAACCUCCGACUGGGUUUCCUGGUUCACUGUGAAACUGACUCCUCUCUUGCCCAGCUUGACUGCACAGAUGCUACAGACAACAACAUCAUACGCAGAUUGCAACGCAUACCACGUCAUCGUUGGGGCUCUGAGCAGAAUCUUUGACAAGAUUGAUUCGCCGAGGCAACUCACCCCAGUCCUGGUUCAAUACCUGAAGCAAAGCCAGGCAAACGACUUGAGCUGUGGGUCCAACACCGGCAGCCUCAGCACUUGGCUCGAGCAAAGCUUUGGCAAGUUCUCCAUCUACGUGGAUUACGAAGACCUGCGCCUGCUCAACGAGGGCUUUGUCAGCUUUGAUGCGCUGGACAUUCUGAGCGCUUCUCAGGUGGCUCAACUGACACUGACAUCCGGUGCGCUGAACAACGUAGGCCUGAUCAGCUUGGUCCUUGACCGCCUGGACGGCGUCAACGCUUUCCAGGACAUUGACGGGUUCUUGACAGUUCUCAGCGUGACACCUCAGGCCUUGGACAUCGAUCCUCUAGUGAGGGACAUCAUGAUGAAUCGAGCCUUUUCCAUCAUCAGCCUUCAUUUUGAAGGCUUCGAAACCUCCGACUGGGUUUCCUGGUUCACUGUGAAACUGACUCCUCUCUUGCCCAGCUUGACUGCACAGAUGCUACAGACAACAACAUCAUACGCAGAUUGCAACGCAUACCACGUCAUCGUUGGGGCUCUGAGCAGAAUCUUUGACAAGAUUGAUUCGCCGAGGCAACUCACCCCAGUCCUGGUUCAAUACCUGAAGCAAAGCCAGGCAAACGACUUGAGCUGUGGGUCCAACACCGGCAGCCUCAGCACUUGGCUCGAGCAAAGCUUUGGCAAGUUCUCCAUCUACGUGGAUUACGAAGACCUGCGCCUGCUCAACGAGGGCUUUGUCAGCUUUGAUGCGCUGGACAUUCUGAGCGCUUCUCAGGUGGCUCAACUGACACUGACAUCCGGUGCGCUGAACAACGUAGGCCUGAUCAGCUUGGUCCUUGACCGCCUGGACGGCGUCAACGCUUUCCAGGACAUUGACGGGUUCUUGACAGUUCUCAGCGUGACACCUCAGGCCUUGGACAUCGAUCCUCUAGUGAGGGACAUCAUGAUGAAUCGAGCCUUUUCCAUCAUCAGCCUUCAUUUUGAAGGCUUCGAAACCUCCGACUGGGUUUCCUGGUUCACUGUGAAACUGACUCCUCUCUUGCCCAGCUUGACUGCACAGAUGCUACAGACAACAACAUCAUACGCAGAUUGCAACGCAUACCACGUCAUCGUUGGGGCUCUGAGCAGAAUCUUUGACAAGAUUGAUUCGCCGAGGCAACUCACCCCAGUCCUGGUUCAAUACCUGAAGCAAAGCCAGGCAAACGACUUGAGCUGUGGGUCCAACACCGGCAGCCUCAGCACUUGGCUCGAGCAAAGCUUUGGCAAGUUCUCCAUCUACGUGGAUUACGAAGACCUGCGCCUGCUCAACGAGGGCUUUGUCAGCUUUGAUGCGCUGGACAUUCUGAGCGCUUCUCAGGUGGCUCAACUGACACUGACAUCCGGUGCGCUGAACAACGUAGGCCUGAUCAGCUUGGUCCUUGACCGCCUGGACGGCGUCAACGCUUUCCAGGACAUUGACGGGUUCUUGACAGUUCUCAGCGUGACACCUCAGGCCUUGGACAUCGAUCCUCUAGUGAGGGACAUCAUGAUGAAUCGAGCCUUUUCCAUCAUCAGCCUUCAUUUUGAAGGCUUCGAAACCUCCGACUGGGUUUCCUGGUUCACUGUGAAACUGACUCCUCUCUUGCCCAGCUUGACUGCACAGAUGCUACAGACAACAACAUCAUACGCAGAUUGCAACGCAUACCACGUCAUCGUUGGGGCUCUGAGCAGAAUCUUUGACAAGAUUGAUUCGCCGAGGCAACUCACCCCAGUCCUGGUUCAAUACCUGAAGCAAAGCCAGGCAAACGACUUGAGCUGUGGGUCCAACACCGGCAGCCUCAGCACUUGGCUCGAGCAAAGCUUUGGCAAGUUCUCCAUCUACGUGGAUUACGAAGACCUGCGCCUGCUCAACGAGGGCUUUGUCAGCUUUGAUGCGCUGGACAUUCUGAGCGCUUCUCAGGUGGCUCAACUGACACUGACAUCCGGUGCGCUGAACAACGUAGGCCUGAUCAGCUUGGUCCUUGACCGCCUGGACGGCGUCAACGCUUUCCAGGACAUUGACGGGUUCUUGACAGUUCUCAGCGUGACACCUCAGGCCUUGGACAUCGAUCCUCUAGUGAGGGACAUCAUGAUGAAUCGAGCCUUUUCCAUCAUCAGCCUUCAUUUUGAAGGCUUCGAAACCUCCGACUGGGUUUCCUGGUUCACUGUGAAACUGACUCCUCUCUUGCCCAGCUUGACUGCACAGAUGCUACAGACAACAACAUCAUACGCAGAUUGCAACGCAUACCACGUCAUCGUUGGGGCUCUGAGCAGAAUCUUUGACAAGAUUGAUUCGCCGAGGCAACUCACCCCAGUCCUGGUUCAAUACCUGAAGCAAAGCCAGGCAAACGACUUGAGCUGUGGGUCCAACACCGGCAGCCUCAGCACUUGGCUCGAGCAAAGCUUUGGCAAGUUCUCCAUCUACGUGGAUUACGAAGACCUGCGCGUGCUCAACGAGGGCUUUGUCAGCUUUGAUGCGCUGGACAUUCUGAGCGCUUCUCAGGUGGCUCAACUGACACUGACAUCCGGUGCGCUGAACAACGUAGGCCUGAUCAGCUUGGUCCUUGACCGCCUGGACGGCGUCAACGCUUUCCAGGACAUUGGCGGGUUCUUGACAGUUCUCAGCGUGACACCUCAGGCCUUGGACAUCGAUCCUCUAGUGAGGGACAUCAUGAUGAAUCGAGCCUUUUCCAUCAUCAGCCUUCAUUUUGAAGGCUUCGAAACCUCCGACUGGGUUUCCUGGUUCACUGUGAAACUGACUCCUCUCUUGCCCAGCUUGACUGCACAGAUGCUACAGACAACAACAUCAUACGCAGAUUGCAACGCAUACCACGUCAUCGUUGGGGCUCUGAGCAGAAUCUUUGACAAGAUUGAUUCGCCGAGGCAACUCACCCCAGUCCUGGUUCAAUACCUGAAGCAAAGCCAGGCAAACGACUUGAGCUGUGGGUCCAACACCGGCAGCCUCAGCACUUGGCUCGAGCAAAGCUUUGGCAAGUUCUCCAUCUACGUGGAUUACGAAGACCUGCGCGUGCUCAACGAGGGCUUUGUCAGCUUUGAUGCGCUGGACAUUCUGAGCGCUUCUCAGGUGGCUCAACUGACACUGACAUCCGGUGCGCUGAACAACGUAGGCCUGAUCAGCUUGGUCCUUGACCGCCUGGACGGCGUCAACGCUUUCCAGGACAUUGGCGGGUUCUUGACAGUUCUCAGCGUGACACCUCAGGCCUUGGACAUCGAUCCUCUAGUGAGGGACAUCAUGAUGAAUCGAGCCUUUUCCAUCAUCAGUCUUCAUUUUGAAGGCUUCGAAACCUCCGACUGGGUUUCCUGGUUCACUGUGAAACUGACUCCUCUCUUGCCCAGCUUGACUGCACAGAUGCUACAGACAACAACAUCAUACGCAGAUUGCAACGCAUACCACGUCAUCGUUGGGGCUCUGAGCAGAAUCUUUGACAAGAUUGAUUCGCCGAGGCAACUCACCCCAGUCCUGGUUCAAUACCUGAAGCAAAGCCAGGCAAACGACUUGAGCUGUGGGUCCAACACCGGCAGCCUCAGCACUUGGCUCGAGCAAAGCUUUGGCAAGUUCUCCAUCUACGUGGAUUACGAAGACCUGCGCGUGCUCAACGAGGGCUUUGUCAGCUUUGAUGCGCUGGACAUUCUGAGCACUUCUCAGGUGGCUCAACUGACACUGACAUCCGGUGCGCUGAACAAUGUAGGCCUGAUCAGCUUGGUCCUUGACCGCCUGGACGGCGUCAACGCUUUCCAGGACAUUGACCUUUUCUUGACAGUUCUCAGCGUGACACCUCAGGCCUUGGACAUCGAUCCUCUAGUGAGGGACAUCAUGAUGAAUCGAGCCUUUUCCAUCAUCAGCCUUCAUUUUGAAGGCUUCGAAACCUCCGACUGGGUUUCCUGGUUCACUGUGAAACUGACUCCUCUCUUGCCCAGCUUGACUGCACAGAUGCUACAGACAACAACAUCAUACGCAGAUUGCAACGCAUACCACGUCAUCAUUGGGGCCCUGAGCAGCGUCUUUGACCAGAUGACCUCACUGAGACAGGAGGAGAUCAAAGCUGUUCUGGUGGACAACCUGAAACAGAAUAAUGUAUCGGGUUGUGCUGUUCCCAUACCAAUGAUGACCACAAAUUUCAUAACCUUGACUGUCCCUACUGAUUCCUCAACAACUACUUCAAGCACUACAGGCCAUGCUGAUCCAUCAAGCACAGAUGCCAAUAAUGGUCCUUCAAGCACUACAGGCCAUGCUGAUCCAUCAAGCACAUAUGCCAAUAAUGGUCCUUCAAGCACUACAGGCCAUGCUGAUCCAUCAAGCACAGAUGCCAAUAAUGGUCCUUCAAGCACUACAGGCCAUGCUGAUCCAUCAAACACAGAUGCCAAUAAUGGUCUUUCAAGCACUACAGGCCAUGCUGAUCCAUCAAACACAGAUGCCAAUAAUGGUCCUUCAAGCACUACAGGCCAUGCUGAUCCAUCAAACACAGAUGCCAAUAAUGGUCCUUCAAGCACUACAGGCCAUGUUGAUCCAUCAAGCACAGAUGCCAAUAAUGGUCCUUCAAGCACUACAGGCCAUGCUGAUCCAUCAAGCACAUAUGCCAAUAAUGGUCCUUCAAGCACUACAGGCCAUGCUGAUCCAUCAAACACAGAUGCCAAUAAUGGUCCUUCAAGCACUACAGGCCAUGUUGAUCCAUCAAGCACAGAUGCCAAUAAUGGUCCUUCAAGCACUACAGGCCAUGUUGAUCGAUCAAGCACAGAUGCCAAUAAUGGUCCUUCAAGCACUACAGGCCAUGCUGAUCCAUCAAGCACAUAUGCCAAUAAUGGUCCUUCAAGCACUACAGGCCAUGCUGAUCCAUCAAACACAGAUGCCAAUAAUGGUCCUUCAAGCACUACAGGCCAUGUUGAUCCAUCAAGCACAGAUGCCAAUAAUGGUCCUUCAAGCACUACAGGCCAUGCUGAUCCAUCAAACACAGAUGCCAAUAAUGGUCCUUCAAGCACUACAGGCCAUGUUGAUCGAUCAAGCACAGAUGCCAAUAAUGGUCCUUCAAGCACUACAGGCCAUGUUGAUCGAUCAAGCACAGAUGCCAAUAAUGGUCCUUCAAGCACUACAGGCCAUGCUGAUCCAUCAAGCACAUAUGCCAAUAAUGGUCCUUCAAGCACUACAGGCCAUGCUGAUCCAUCAAACACAGAUGCCAAUAAUGGUCCUUCAAGCACUACAGGCCAUGUUGAUCCAUCAAGCACAGAUGCCAAUAAUGGUCCUUCAAGCACUACAGGCCAUGCUGAUCCAUCAAGCACAUAUGCCAAUAAUGGUCUUUCAAGCACUACAGGCCAUGCUGAUCCAUCAAACACAAAUGCCAAUAAUGGUCUUUCAAGCACUACAGGCCAUGCUGAUCCAUCAAACACAAAUGCCAAUAAUGGUCUUUCAAGCACUACAGGCCAUGCUGAUCCAUCAAACACAAAUGCCAAUAAUGGUCUUUCAAGCACUACAGGCCAUGCUGAUCCAUCAAACACAGAUGCCAAUAAUGGUCCUUCAAGCACUACAGGCCAUGCUGAUCCAUCAAACACAGAUGCCAAUAAUGGUCCUUCAAGCACUACAGGCCAUGCUGAUCCAUCAAGCACAUAUGCCAAUAAUGGUCUUUCAAGCACUACAGGCCAUGCUGAUCCAUCAAACACAAAUGCCAAUAAUGGUCUUUCAAGCACUACAGGCCAUGCUGAUCCAUCAAACACAAAUGCCAAUAAUGGUCUUUCAAGCACUACAGGCCAUGCUGAUCCAUCAAGCACAGAUGCCAAUAAUGGUCCUUCAAGCACUACAGGCCAUGCUGAUCCAUCAAACACAGAUGCCAAUAAUGGUCUUUCAAGCACUACAGGCCAUGCUGAUCCAUCAAACACAGAUGCCGAUAAUGGUCCUUCAAGCACUACAGGCCAUGCUGAUCCAUCAAACACAUAUGCCAAUAAUGGUCUUUCAAGCACUACAGGCCAUGUUGAUCGAUCAAGCACAGAUGCCAAUAAUGGUCCUUCAAGCACUACAGGCCAUGCUGAUCGAUCAAGCACAGAUGCCAAUAAUGGUCCUUCAAACACUACAGGCCAUGCUGAUCCAUCAAACACAGAUGCCAAUAAUGGUCUUUCAAGCACUACAGGCCAUGCUGAUCCAUCAAACACAGAUGCCAAUAAUGGUCCUUCAAGCACUACAGGCCAUGCUGAUCCAUCAAACACAGAUGCCAAUAAUGGUCUUUCAAGCACUACAGGCCAUGCUGAUCCAUCAAACACAGAUGCCAAUAAUGGUCCUUCAAGCACUACAGGCCAUGCUGAUCCAUCAAACACAAAUACCAAUAAUGGUCUUUCAAGCACUACAGGCCAUGCUGAUCCAUCAAGCACAGAUGCCAAUAAUGGUCUUUUAAGCACUACAGGCCAUGCUGAUCCAUCAAGCACAGAUGCCAAUAAUGGUCCUUCAAGCACUACAGGCCAUGCUGAUCCAUCAAGCACAGAUGCCAAUAAUGGUCCUUCAAGCACUACAGGCCAUGUUGAUCGAUCAAGCACAGAUGCCAAUAAUGGUCUUUCAAGCACUACAGGCCAUGCUGAUCCAUCAAACACAGAUGCCAAUAAUGGUCCUUCAAGCACUACAGGCCAUGCUGAUCCAUCAAGCACAGAUGCCAAUAAUGGUCUUUCAAGCACUACAGGCCAUGCUGAUCCAUCAAGCACAGAUGCCAAUAAUGGUCCUUCAAGCACUACAGGCCAUGCUGAUCCAUCAAGCACAGAUGCCAAUAAUGGUCUUUCAAGCACUACAGGCCAUGCUGAUCCAUCAAACACAGAUGCCAAUAAUGGUCUUUCAAGCACUACAGGCCAUGCUGAUCCAUCAAACACAGAUGCCAAUAAUGGUCUUUCAAGCACUACAGGCCAUGUUGAUCGAUCAAGUACAGAUGCCAAUAAUGGUCCUUCAAGCACUACAGGCUAUGUUGAUCGAUCAAGUACAGAUGCCAAUAAUGGUCUUUCAAGCACUACAGGCCAUGCUGAUCCAUCAAGCACAUAUGCCAAUAAUGGUCCUUCAAGCACUACAGGCCAUGCUGAUCCAUCAAGCACAGAUGCCAAUAAUGGUCCUUCAAGCACUACGGGCCAUGCUGAUCCAUCAAACACAGAUGCCAAUAAUGGUCUUUCAAGCACUACAGGCCAUGCUGAUCCAUCAAGAACAGAUGCCAAUAAUGGUCUUUCAAGCACUACAGGCCAUGCUGAUCCAUCAAGCACAGAUGCCAAUAAUGGUCCUUCAAGCACUACAGGCCAUGUUGAUCCAUCAAACACAGAUGCCAAUAAUGGUCUUUCAAGCACUACAGGCCAUGCUGAUCCAUCAAACACAGAUGCCAAUAAUGGUCUUUCAAGCACUACAGGCCAUGCUGAUCCAUCAAACACAGAUGCCAAUAAUGGUCCUUCAAGCACUACAGGCCAUGUUGAUCCAUCAAACACAGAUGCCAAUAAUGGUCUUUCAAGCACUACAGGCCAUGCUGAUCCAUCAAACACAGAUGCCAAUAAUGGUCUUUCAAGCACUACAGGCCAUGCUGAUCCAUCAAACACAGAUGCCAAUAAUGGUCCUUCAAGCACUACAGGCCAUGCUGAUCCAUCAAGAACAGAUGCCAAUAAUGGUCUUUCAAGCACUACAGGCCAUGUUGAUCGAUCAAACACAGAUGCCAAUAAUGGUCCUUCAAGCACUACAGGCCAUGCUGAUCCAUCAAACACAGAUGCCAAUAAUGGUCUUUCAAGCACUACAGGCCAUGCUGAUCCAUCAAACACAGAUGCCAAUAAUGGUCCUUCAAGCACUACAGGCCAUGUUGAUCCAUCAAACACAGAUGCCAAUAAUGGUCUUUCAAGCACUACAGGCCAUGCUGAUCCAUCAAACACAGAUGCCAAUAAUGGUCUUUCAAGCACUACAGGCCAUGCUGAUCCAUCAAACACAGAUGCCAAUAAUGGUCCUUCAAGCACUACAGGCCAUGCUGAUCCAUCAAGAACAGAUGCCAAUAAUGGUCUUUCAAGCACUACAGGCCAUGUUGAUCGAUCAAACACAGAUGCCAAUAAUGGUCCUUCAAGCACUACAGGCCAUGCUGAUCCAUCAAACACAGAUGCCAAUAAUGGUCUUUCAAGCACUACAGGCCAUGCUGAUCCAUCAAACACAGAUGCCAAUAAUGGUCCUUCAAGCACUACAGGCCAUGCUGAUCCAUCAAACACAGAUGCCAAUAAUGGUCCUUCAAGCACUACAGGCCAUGCUGAUCCAUCAAGAACAGAUGCCGAUAAUGGUCCUUCAAGCACUACAGGCCAUGUUGAUCGAUCAAGUACAGAUGUCAAUAAUGGUCCUUCAAUUGCUGCAGUUCCAACAAGCCCAAUUGUUUAUUCAGGUCAUUCGGAUACUGCAAUAUUAACCAGUACAUCAAUCACAUCUCCUCCAGCUGACCAGUCAAGCAAUGCAGUUCAUACUGAUUUAUCAAAAACAACUAUCUCUGCUGGUGUUUCAAGCAAUUUACUUCAUACAGAUAUAUCAAUCACAACUGCUCCAAAUGGUCCUUCAAACACCAUAGGCCACAGUGAUCCAUCAAGCACAACUGCUGCUAAUGCUCCCGCCACCACUAAAGACCUUCAAGAUUCAUCAAAGACAUCUGUUCCUGUUGGUUCUUCAACAGCUGCUGCUCCUACAGAUCUUUCAAACACAACUGGUUAUACUGGAACCUUGACCACUGCAGCUCAUAUUGAUCUGUCAAGCACAACUGCUGCUAAUGCUCCUGCCACCACUAAAGAUCUUCAAGAUUCAUCAAAGACAUCUGUUCCUGUUGGUGCUUCAACUGCUGCUGCUCCUACAGAUCUUUCAAACACAACUGUUCAUACUGGAACCUUGACCACUGCUGCUCCUAUUGAUCUGUCAAGCACAACUGCUGCUAAUGCUCCUGCCACCACUAAAGAUCUUCAAGAUUCAUCAAAGACAUCUGUUCCUGUUGGUUCUUCAACUGCUGCUGCUCCUACAGAUCUUUCAAACACAACUGUUCAUACUGGAACCUUGACCACUGCUGCUCCUAUUGAUCUGUCAAGCACAACUGCUGCUAAUGCUCCUGCCACCACUAAAGAUCUUCAAGAUUCAUCAAAGACAUCUGUUCCUGUUGGUUCUUCAACAGCUGCUGCUCCUACAGAUCUUUCAAACACAACUGUUCAUACUGGAACCUUGACCACUGCUGCUCCUAUUGAUCUGUCAAGCACAACUGCUGCUAAUGCUCCUGCCACCACUAAAGAUCUUCAAGAUUCAUCAAAGACAUCUGUUCCUGUUGGUUCUUCAACUGCUGCUGCUCCUACAGAUCUUUCAAACACAACUGUUCAUACUGGAACCUUGACCACUGCAGCUCCUAUUGAUCCAUCAAGUACAACUGCUGCUAAUGCUCCCGCCACCACUAAAGAUCUUCAACAUUCAUCAAAGACAUCUGUUCCUGUUGGUUCUUCAACAGCUGCUGCUCCUACAGAUCUUUCAAACACAACUGGUUAUACUGGAACCUUGACCACUGCAGCUCAUAUUGAUCCGUCAAGCACAACUGCUGCUAAUGCUCCCGCCACCACUAAAGAUCUUCAACAUUCAUCAAAGACAUCUGUUCUUGUUGGUUCUUCAACUGCUGCUGCUCCUACAGAUCUUUCAAACACAACUGUUCAUACUGGAACCUUGACCACUGCUGCUCCUAUUGAUCUGUCAAGCACAACUGCUGCUAAUGCUCCUGCCACCACUAAAGAUCUUCAAGAUUCAUCAAAGACAUCUGUUCCUGUUGGUUCUUCAACUGCUGCUGCUCCUACAGAUCUUUCAAACACAACUGUUCAUACUGGAACCUUGACCACUGCAGCUCCUAUUGAUCCAUCAAGUACAACUGCUGCUAAUGCUCCCGCCACCACUAAAGAUCUUCAAGAUUCAUCAAAGACAUCUGUUCCUGUUGGUUCUUCAACAGCUGCUGCUCCUACAGAUCUUUCAAACACAACUGUUCAUACUGGAACCUUGACCACUGCUGCUCCUAUUGAUCUGUCAAGCACAACUGCUGCUAAUGCUCCUGCCACCACUAAAGAUCUUCAAGAUUCAUCAAAGACAUCUGUUCCUGUUGGUUCUUCAACUGCUGCUGCUCCUACAGAUCUUUCAAACACAACUGUUCAUACUGGAACCUUGACCACUGCAGCUCCUAUUGAUCCAUCAAGUACAACUGCUGUUAAUGCUCCCGCCACCACUAAAGAUCUUCAAGAUUCAUCAAAGACAUCUGUUCCUGUUGGUUCUUCAACAGCUGCUGCUCCUACAGAUCUUUCAAACACAACUGUUCAUACUGGAACCUUGACCACUGCAGCUCCUAUUGAUCCAUCAAGUACAACUGCUGCUAAUGCUCCCGCCACCACUAAAGAUCUUCAAGAUUCAUCUAAGACAUCUGUUCCUGUUGGUUCUUCAACAGCUGCUGCUCCUACAGAACUUUCAAACACAACUGUUUUGUCACACCCUACCACCUCAAUAAAGCCUACUUAUCAAUCAAGCACAAUCAUUCCUCCUGGUGCCAUAAACACCACUGCCACUACAGAUCACUCCAGCACAGCUGUACCAACUCAUCGUGUGGAUACUAUAAAUUCAACCAGUACAUCAAUCACAACUGCUAAUAAGAUUAGCACAUCCAUAUUAUUCGUGAACUCAACACACUCUAAAAGUGUCACCACCUCAACCACUUCCACUUCUCAACCACCAUCUUCACUGCCAACCAGUCGUCGUUCAACUACAGUUUACACAGGUUCAGCAGUGCCAGGCGAGGGAUUUGUUAUUCUGCAGAUCCGUUUAGAGAUAACAUAUAUUGAAGCUUUCAAUAAUCCUGCUUCAACAGAGUAUCAGACUCUGUCCUUAAACAUCACAAUUGAGCUGAAUCGAGUGUACCAGGAAAUUUUUGGGACCACAUUCCUCAGAUGCUACGUCAAAAGAUUCUGGCCUGGGUCAGUAGGUGUGGAUACAGAACUUAUUUUUAAAAACCAGACUGUGGUUCCAAAUGCAACAAAGAUUCAAGAGACUCUUAAAACAGCAAUUACUGAAUCAAAAGUGUUCAUUUUUUCUGUGAUUCCUUCGAGCAUCAGUGUUGUCGAACAGCAAGACUCAACUUUGACCACCAGACAAACACAGAGAACACAAACAACACAAACAUCCUCUGCUAUUGCGCCGGCUUUGUCUAGUAUGCUGUUCAUGCUUUUGCUUCUGCUUCUGCUAUGGAAUGAAACACUGUAACUGUCAAAUGCAAACCUACAAUUAAUAUUAUGAAAACUCUAUUAUCUGGUUUUGUGCUACAUUUCUAUUACUCUUGAUUUUAUCUUGUGGAAAAAUUGUGACAUGGAAUAAUUAAAAAAAAGUCCUUUCAUGCAUUUCUUGGGACAACUGGGGAAUUUCAGCGCUUCUUGUGAUUAAAAAUUUAAAAUAUCCAUAAUGUUUGAGUUGAUUAUUUAUUACUUUUUUGCAUGGAUGUUACAAUAAAUUGGAAAUAUGAAUCUGAA